AUGUUAGGCACGGUCGGAGCCAAGGUUGAUCUCCCCAGCAACCCCAGCGACAAGAGACAAGAACUCUUCACUAGACUCGCAGCGGUAGCAGGAACCUCCACAUGUCACCUCGUUAUGUCGCCGAAUCCCGUUUUCGUUCCUGGUGUUUGGGGACCGUAUCGAGAUGUCUUACUUCCCGAUUGCUGGAUGGCCGAAGGAGGGCAAUCUGCAACGGGCCAGCUACUCAAGCAUGUUAUUGAAACUCACCCGGCGUAUAAUCAGGCGAAGGACCUGGCAGAUGUGCAGAAAACCAACAUUUUCACAUUUCUAAACGAGCAUCUACGGGAGAUGGCUGAUAAAAACAACGCCCCCUGUGUUGCAUACCCUGCACGCCAUUUCUUCUACUACGGGGACCUUUGGGGUAAUCGAUCCCCCAUGGCUGAUCCGAAGAUGACGGGUUCAAUCGUCGGUUUGACAAGCGAUACAUCAAUCAACAGCCUCGCCAUCCUCUACUACAGUACCUUGGAAUUCAUCGCGUUGCAGACCCGACAAAUCAUUGAGAGCAUGAAUCGGUCCGGUCAUCACAUUACCUCCAUCUUCAUGUCGGGGUCUCAAUGCCAAAAUGACAUUCUAGUCAACUUGAUUGCCUCUGCUUGUGACAUGACUGUUGUGGUUCCGUUCUAUGUGAAUGCGGCCGUGUGUCACGGAGCCGCAAUGCUGGGUGCUAAGGCUGCUACCGCGGAUGCGAAAGGAAACACAGCUGAUCUCCAGGAGAUUAUGGAGAAGAUGAGCAAGCCUGGGAAAUGUUUCUUCCCGACUGAGGAUCAGAGAGAAAAGAGUUUAUUGCAGGCAAAAUACCAUGUCUUUCUCGACCAAUGUCAAAAACAAAGAGAGUAUCGGGCGUUGGUUGACCAGGCGCUGGCAAAGUGA